UAUGGUGUAGUGCCACGUAUGCUGCACUAGAGGAAUACACAGGCAUCAUGUGGCAUCUGGUACCUAUGCUUUUGGCACUGUCAUUGUAUGAGACUUGGGGAUAUUCUACGCAGGACCAAGUAGGCGAAUUAUCCGUGCGAAGGAUCGUAAACAUCGAAGCACAGGGAGUGUCCCCGUGCAUCACGCUCCCCGACGGCAGCGCCCCGAACCUCGCCCUCAGGUACGAGACCGUGUUCCUCAAGGAUGGUCGCGAGCUCGUAAACAUGACCGACCUCCACUGCGAGCCGGACGUGACGGGGCCCUGGAAUCUGUACUGCUCGGCGCCUGUGUCCUUGAGUGAAUUAUAUUUCGCAGAUGACCUGGUGCUGAUGGUUUUGGCCAGGUCGGAGGACAAUCUUGUUGUCGCCGCGGCUGAAGAAGAACUGUCCCUUAAGAACGUCACCGUAGACUUGCGGCAGGAGGGUCAGGAGGCACUGAGAGUAGGAUGGAACCAAGAACCUGGACGAACUUACUUCGUUCAGAUCUGGACGGUCCCUUCCCAAGCUCACGGAAGCGCCCCGCCCACCAACUUCGGCGACUCCCGACAUCACUUCGGAAAUCGCACUGAGACGCCACAAGUGGUGGAGGUUUCUGGAAAUGUUCGAUGCAAGAAUGGCCAGUGUUUGUAUUAUUUCCUCGGUCUGAUAGACUGCGGGGAAUAUGCGGUAGAGGUCCUGGAUGUGACGGAAAAUAUUUUUCAAACUUCCAGAAGCAGAAGGCAUUCUGUGGAUCAGCACUGGACUGGUCUGACUAUUGAGAGGGUCGUCAUCGAGACAUCAUCACCCGAUUCUCAGCGUCCUUUAAAGACCCUGACGACGACGGCAAGAACUGACGAAGGGCUGCUCGUGGAGGAAGGGUUCAGGGCGGUCCUCAUCAACGCUCUCGAUCCGAGUGACUUCCUUGAGAGUGACGAGGGAGACUGUUUGCCUUUCACCAUCGGAUGUAAAAUAAACGAUGUCCAGACGCUCACGCAUCCUUCCGGUGAAGAUCAAGUCACAGCCCUACAGCUUCUCUUGACCCAACAGGACCAGGCCUUCUCCUCGCUCGUUCCCGUCGAAGACUUGCAAGUUCGAGUAACAAGUGUGGGCCCCGGGAGUGUACAAGUGUCGUGGGAAAAGACAGGUGUUUCAUUGCAGUUCUUAGUGCAGUUGUUGUCAGACAAAGGAGGGCCGGCGAUUUCUCUGACCGUCACGUGUGGAAAUAAAGCUCCAAACUGCCAAGCUGUGUUCGACGAGCUGGUAAACGGCGACUACACGGCGAUGGUGAGCUACGAAGGGGCGGUGGAGACGCAGCUCACUGUUCCGUUUCAAGUGAAAAACGGCGGCGUAGACUGCCAGCUACCUUUCGAAGACCUGGCCGGGCAUUGUGUAAUGGUGGAUGCUGUGAUCCUCGGGACCUGGGAUGAGGUGAGGCUCUUCUGCCACCAGCUGGGAGGUCAGCUGGCGAAGCUGGACGACCUGGAGUUCAUGUAUCACGUCGCCAAGUAUAUUCGAGACAAUGGAAUAGACAACCACAGCUACUGGAUAGGCGGUUCGGACACGGCCUCAGAGGGAGACUUUACUUGGCUAGACGGAGAAAGGGUCAAGGAAGGGACGCCAUAUUGGAGUUACGUCAACGGGACCCAGCGGCCUGCGUUCGAUUCCUCUCUCAACUGCAUCGCCCUGGGUCAGCCGGUGUUCCAUUAUUUUGUCGACAGCUCGUGCAGCGAUUCGAACGCGGCUGUGUGUGAGAAGGUGGUUUAGAAAUGUUUCGAUUUUUUUUUUGUUUUUCUUCUUCUGUGGGAGCAGAAUUACGUUUCUGAUUAUUUUGAAUAAAAGUAUUUUUGACA